CCGUACAAUCAUUGCAUUGUAUACAAUGUUGGUGUUAUGUUAACGAUAUUAUUUAUUUAUAAAGGAAAAACAAAAGUCAACUCGAGUCAGUUCUAUGGCGAAGAUAAUUAUUAAGUUUGAUCAUCAUUAAUUUUAACACCUCUUGCCGUACUUUCAUUUCGUUGUUGUUUUAUCGUUAAGUUUUCAUGUAUUUCUAAAUCCGAUCAAAUGGUGGAAUCCUGAUACUUCGUGGAACUGAUUUAUAUUCGAUGUAUAAGCAGUUUAAUAUUGUUUUGAUAAUGGAGUGUUAAUAUGAUAUGGAAAUGGUUCAAACUGUUCAAAGCUUUCCCGGAGCAUUUGCUUAUGAUUAUUGGGCUAACAAUACUGAUACAUCAGUGGAGCUAAAUUGUCUUAUGCCAAAUGGAGUGUUUAUACCAUUACCUGUAAAAAAGAACUCGACAUUCAAUGAAAUCAAAGAAGAUUUGUGGGAAGAAUCUUCCAAAUUCCCACUUUAUGGACUGCUACAUUGUUCUUCCACUUAUCGUUUUGUUUUCGUCAAUAUUAAUUCCGAAUUGGAAGAAUUAUUCGACGAAAAUAAACGAUUAUGUGAUGUUAAACCUUUUGGAGCCACACUUAGAAUUGUUGAGAAGCAAAAUGAUAAAGCCGAAAGCACUUUCAAUGUUCUUAUUGGGCGUUUGAUAGGAAAAAGUUUACAUGAGUUCGAUUCGUUAAAAAACACCGAAGUAAACAUGUUUCGUUCAAAAAUGAAGUACCUCUCUGAAGAAGUUUGUCGAGAAAGAAAAGAGUAUACUUGGAUACAGAAAAUAAAGUACCAAUUCCCUCCCAGAUUGAUUUUCAUUCCGGUCGAACAACAAAUUUUAUCUAAUCACAGCCCAAUACCUAAAAAAUUACGCGACGGACAUUUUGUGGUUGUGAUUAAAUUUGAAAAUAAUGAUAGUACUUUCACUUUCAACGUACCAGUUACUGGAACCUCUGAUCAUCUAUUAAAAUUAAUUUUAAAUAAACGAGCGACAAAUUUUUUAAAGAAAAACGAAGUCAUCUCGGAUUUUGUUCUGAAAGUAUGUGGCAGAGAAGAAUAUAUUUAUGGUGAUAAUAAGCUCAUCGAAUAUGCGUACAUUUAUGAAUCGCUCACGCAGAGUAAAACUCCAACUCUGGUUGUGAUUUCUGUGCAUAAUGUUCCACUUCAUCCCGAAGAAAAUAUUUACGAAAUACCUGAAGAAACUGAUACUUCCAGGAUAAAUUCUUCAUUUUCGUCGGUAACGUUGAGAAAGAAGGGAAAAUACAUUUCUUCGUACUCUAUCGAUGAAAAAUUUUCCUUCAAAGUGUGUUUCAUUACUAACUUGAACGUGCAAUCUGCUGAAGUUGGCGUUCAUGCGGGUUUAUUUCAUGGAGGCAAAUCUUUAUGUGAGACAAAACGUACUAUAGAAACAUUUGUCAAAGAUUGGUCUUGCGAAUACGAAGAAGAUUUAACUUUCGACAUAAAAAUCGGCGACAUUCCUCGCAUGGCAAGAAUCUGUUUUGCUGUUUACGAAGUUUGCAAAUCUGUUAAAAAUAUACGUACGAAACGACUGAAAGAUUUACAAAAUCAACAAGAUUUUUACGUGAAUCCUUUGGGAUGGGUGAAUACUACCGUGUUCGAUUACAAAGGUCAACUAAAAACCGGUUCAGUUACCAUGUACUUAUGGUCAUUACCAGAAGAUUUGCAAAGUGAAAAUCUCUUUCAUCCACUUAGCACAGUAGUAUCAAAUCCUGAUUCUAAAAAUAAUGCCGCUCUUUCAAUAUCCUUUCAUAAGUUCCACGAAGAUGUAAUCGUAUAUCCGGAUGUGGACUCGAUUGUUGAUUUCGCAGCAAAAUACGGACGAUCCGAUCUGAAAGAACAAAAUGAAAGCACUCAACAGUCAUCAAAAGUCUUAUUAGAUCACGUUCGGAGUAUUAGCGAUCAUGUUACACGUUAUGAAUUACACGAACAAGAAAGAAAGAAUUUAUGGGCUUUGCGAUACGAGCUAAUUACUUCAGAUCCGCAUCUUUUAUCAAAGCUAUUAGAUUGUGUUGAUUGGAAUAACAGAUUGGAAGUUUCUGAAGCUAUUUCAUUGUUACAAAAGUGGCCUCCGUUGCUUCCUCAAAAAGCAUUAGAACUGCUGGAUUAUGCUUAUGCUGAUCAGGCUGUUCGAAGUUUUGCUGUACGCUGUUUACACAAUACGAUGGAUGAUCAUUUACUGUUGUAUCUCCUACAAUUGGUUCAAGCUCUGAAACACGAAUGUUAUCUACAAAAUGAUUUAGUAGAAUUCUUACUCCAUAAAGCUUUGAAUAAUCAAAAAAUUGGCCAUUAUUUAUUUUGGCACUUGAGGUCGGAAAUGAAAGUAAAAUCGGUGUCCGUUCGUUUUGGACUCAUUUUGGAAGCGUACUGUAGAGGAAGUCCGGAACAUGUCAAGAUUUUGAUUCGUCAAAUGGGGUUUCUAGACAAACUUAAAACUACCAACGAAUUGAUCCGUAAAAGAAAAGAUAAAGAUAAGAUCAGAGGUUUUGUGCAAGAAUACUUUCAAGAACCUCACUGUACCGAAGCAUUUUAUUCAGUUUGUAACCCCCUAGAUCCGAGUUUCAAGUGUAAACGUGUAAAGAUUGAAAAAUGCCGAGUUAUGGACAGUAAAGCUCGACCCUUGUGGCUUGUAUUCGAAAAUGAUGACGGUUUUGGAGAAGACAUUCAUAUAAUUUUUAAAAAUGGUGACGAUCUUCGACAGGACAUGUUGACGUUGCAAAUGCUUCGUAUAAUGGAUAAUUUAUGGAAAAUGCAUGGCUUAGAUUUUAGAAUGAAUCCUUAUGGUUGUAUUUCAACAGACAAUAAAGUAGGAUUGAUCGAAGUUGUGUUGAAUGCUGAAACUAUAGCUAAUAUACAAAAAGAAAAAGGUAUAUUUUCUGCGACGUCGGCUUUCAGAAAAGGUUCUUUGUUAGCUUGGUUGAAAGAGCAUAAUACUACAGAGCAAGCUCUUAAUAAAGCAAUUGAAGAGUUUACAUAUUCUUGCGCUGGUUAUUGUGUGGCUACAUUUGUGCUAGGAAUCGCCGAUAGACAUUCAGAUAAUAUUAUGGUGAAAAGAACAGGACAGUUGUUUCAUAUCGACUUCGGGCAUAUUUUGGGCCAUUUCAAAGAGAAAUUUGGGUUCCGGAGAGAAAGAGUACCAUUCGUAUUGACUCAUGAUUUUGUUCACGUGAUCAAUAAAGGACAAACUAAAGGAGAAAUUGUCGAAUUUCAAACGUUCCAGAAAUUAUGUAAAAAUGCAUUUUUGAUCUUGAGAAAACAUGGCUCCUUAAUUUUAUCGUUGUUCGCCAUGAUGAUUUCAACUGGUUUACCGGAGUUGUCUUCUGAAGCCGAUUUAAAUUAUCUUCACGAGUCAUUGGUAUUACACAAAUCUGAAGAGGAAGCAGAGGUACAUUUCCAGAUGAAGUUCGAGGAAGCUUUGAGUAAUUCUUGGAAAACAUCUCUAAAUUGGGCUUCGCAUAAUGUUUCGAAAAAUAACCGAGUAUGAUGUUCGCCGAAUCUUAAAAAACGUGACAUUUAAAACAAAUUUCGAUACAGGAGGUAUUUAUUUCAAAUAUUUAUUUGAUCUCAAUAUACAUAAGUGAAUAUUAAUUUUAAGUACGUACCGAGGCGUGUAAAUUUCAAUCAGUGUUUCUUUUUACACUCAUUGCUAAAUUUUUUCAGAUUUUUAUUUAUUUCGUAUUAAAUUUUUUUUAUUAUACAAAUAGUAAUCAUAUUUCUAGUCCUUUUUGUCGCCAGGUUCUGAAUAAUCAUUUUAAUUUUUUACUAUUAUUAUUUUUUGAAAAUCAUCUUUGAUAUGUUUAUAAUUUCAGAAUCAUGUUAAUAGUGAAAUUUUUUUUAUUUUGGGCUUGGCAUUUUUUAAACUACGCAUAAUUAUAAAUUCCUAAAUCGAAUCCAGAUUAUAUUAAUUAAGUGCAAGAUUUUAAAGCUGCUUUUUCAAAUACAUCGUACAUCAUUAGAACAUUUCUUCGAGGAUUAUUCCUUCGUUGAAUAGGUACCAUUUUCAUUGAUCUUAUUACAAAUUAUUUUAUAAAGGGACUUUUUACCUUUUUUAACCAGUUAGUUAUUGAAAUGUUAUGAAUUAUUUUAUUUCAUUUGUUAGUUAAGUAUAUUUUUUCAAACCGCUCAUGUGGCCAUAAUUUUGGAAGAUCUACCUUUGUUUGAAGUUAUAUGUUAAUUAUGUAUACCCAGUUCUUUCUUUUGGAAGAAUGCUAAUUUUAAUUUUAAAAAACCUCCUUGCUAUGAUUAAAUGUUAUUGAUUCCUUAUUUCUUCUAAUACAACAAAGUUAUUAGCCAUUUUGAGCGAUUUUUCUGUUGUGUUUAUCUUUAAAGAAUACCCCCUUUGCUUUUGUUUUGUGAACUUAUAUUGUAUGAAUUCGUCAUCUCUGUGAUCUCUAAAAUUAUUAUAAAAUAAAUUAUUCAAAUUUCAAAAA